UGACAAUCGAGCGAAGCGAAAUGCAAAAGCAGCUGAAGCGGAACAUUAUUUUUUUGUUACUAGUUAUAGUGACCUUGUCGAGGUGUGAAUCGGAUGGAGAAUCUCAUGUUCGAGUGAAGAGAAUUGUGGGUGGCAAGCAGUCGAAGGCUCCACCAGUCGAUGAUCCCGUGAUUUUCGCGCGGCUCUUUAAUCGCGAUGCUCGAGUGGAGGGCUUCCGAAAUCCCAAUACGGGCAUCUACAGCUUCCUGGGAAUGCACUACGCUGAGCCUCCGGUGGGCCCUUUGAGGUACUCCCGACCGGUCUACAAAAGAUUGGCCGGCGACAUGAAUGCCACGAAACAUGGACCGCCUUGCAUUCAACCGCAUCCGCAGUUUCCCCAGCGAAUUAUUGGCGACGAGAACUGUUUGCUGCUGAAUGUGUACACUCCCCAAAUGCCGGAUGAAAGUACGGGUCUGCCGGUUUUCGUUUGGAUCCAUCCGGGUGGCUAUCGAUAUGGGUCUGCGGCCCAGUACGAUGCCACGCCCAUGGCGCAAAGGGGCGCCAUUGUGGUGGCGCCUCAAUAUCGCCUGGGGUCGCUGGGAAUAAUGGGCGAUGGCACCAAGCAGUUCGAUGGAAAUCUGGCCAUGUUUGAUUUGGCCGCAGCUCUCCGCUGGGUCACCGAUUACAUUUCAUAUUUCGGCGGUAAUCCCAAGCAGGUUCAGGCUAUUGGACACGGAUCUGGAGCAGCCAGUGCCAUGUAUCUUUCGAUGUCCCAGACGGCCAAGAGUGCUGGGGAUGUCCACGGAGUGGUGGCCAUGUCCGGAACAGCCUUGUCUCAGUAUGCCAUGGACAAGGAACCCGUCCAGAGUGUCCAGGAAGUGGCCAAGAUCAAUGGAUGUCCCACAGGGAAUGAAUUGGAGAUUGUAAACUGCAUGAGAGGGAAAAGUGCCGAGGAGAUCAUCAAAAACGACGACAAAGUUCAAACUGAGCGUUUGGCAGGACGAGCUCUAGUGAAAGGACUAACUGGAAAUGUUGGAUUCCAACCUCACAUAGAAAGCGAAGAUGAUGGCAGAGCAUUGCCAAGUUUGAUAGUUGGUGAACCGGAACAGCAGCUCAGGAGCAGCAAUUUCUCGGGGAUUCCCCUGCUGACUGGAGUCACCAAACACGAAACGGCAAAUUCUGUGACAGUGGAAACUAUAGAACAAGUUUUUGGUUCAGCGGAAAAGUUCCUGGGAUCCCUCAGCGAUUCCCUGAACAAGUUAACCAGUUUUCUGAAGAUCGAUAAGCUAACAGGGGAGAUUGCCAAACCACAACUACCGGGUUUAACUAGCGUUCUAACUCCCACUCUUCAAGAUGUUUGGAAAAUACCCCAAACCCUGAAUGUGGAUCAAGUUCUCUCCAAAGUUGUGGAAUCCACAACUGACGUUCUGUUUAAUCUACCAGCAGUUUUGACCACCCAAGUUUGGUCCAAGAUAUCUCCAGCCUUUAUGUACAGCUUCGAGUAUAAUGGCACCAAGUCGAAGGGUAUUAACUUCCUGAGGGGACUUCCUAUAGUAUCGGAAACAGCAAGCGAUAAACCAGAAACAGUAGGUCAUGGCGAUGAAAUUGGUUAUAUGUUCGAUGCCAAUGAUAUUUUUGGCAAUCCUCUAGAGGAAACUCGAUUGACAAGUUCUGAGGAUCUUAAAGUACGCAAUAACCUCAUUGAUUUGUUGGUUCAGUUUGCAAAUAGAGAGAAAUCAAAGGGAGGCCAGAGCUCAUCGCUAUUCCAGAGUGUUACAGGGAAAGCUACUCCUUUCAUUAAGAUAGACACAAAACUGGAGACCUCCAAUGAUUUCCGCUUCUGCGAAUUGUCCGUUUUGGGGGCUUCGUUGUCUCCUCUGGCUUCCACCAGUUGCGAGGGACUGGGAAGUCUAUUGGGAAACCUGGGAGGUGGUUUGGGUCAGACUUUGGGAGGAGUGGGCGGCACCUUGGGAUUGGGAGGCAAUCGGGGAGGAGGAAAUCGUGGAAAGAGACCAGGAGGCGGUGGCUUGGGCUUGGGAAUUUUGUAGGAACUACGUUCUUGGAAACCAAGAACUGUGAAUUGUACUUUAAAACUGUAACUGAAAUAAAGAACAUAACAUAAAA